AUGGAAAAAAUCAACUCUACCAUCCUCAAAACAGCUCUCAAGGCUAUCCCUCUCCUCACGGCCAACAACUACACCCUUUGGCAAAAUUGCACUGACAACAUGCUUGAUUUGCAAGGACUUCGGGAUUCUCUGACAUCAGAGAAAGGUACUCUAACAAGUAGCGAAGACAUCAAUCUUCAAACAAUUAUCACUUUGAAGCUAGAUUCAUCCAUUCACCCCAACAUCAUCAAUCACGAUAACGAAAAGGAUGCUCAAAAGAUAUGGUCUUCCAUAUCUGAUUUUUUUGCCUCUACUCAACCCACUAAUUGUGCCCGAGUUUUCAAUGAAUUACUAGACUUGUCCUUCAACUCCAACAAUGUUCAACCCUUCAUCACUUUGGUUGGAACAAUCAACUCUCAACUUUUCAAAAUUGGUAUUGAUUUACCUCACGAUUUAGUCACUUACAUUCUUCUCAAGAAACUUCAUCCUUCCUUGAAGAACUUCAGUCAGCAAAUUACCCAUUCUUACAAACCUCUCACCAGCAAUCUAGUUUUAGAUCAUCUCAAGUUGUUCAAUAAAAAUCAUGAACCCAUUGCUGCUAGAAACACUGGAUCAAAAACUGAAGUUGUGGCUCUUUAUUCCAAUUUCUCCAAGAAAUGCAAGAUAAUGGCUCACAAUUUCCUCUUCAAUCAUCCUUAA